AUGUCUUCUGGGACAUUGAGGAUGUCUCAAUCUUUGAAAAGCUCGAUCCUUAUUCGAUUUAUUUUGUUCAAUGAAUUUUCCAAUGCCAGAGUUAUGAUCCAUGUAGCACCCAAAGCCCAAGGAAUUAAAAGACUUGAUUUGCUGUUUGUGUUUGUUCUUAUGAUUGUAUAUAAUAAGCAUGAGAGUCGAAGAUCAACAAACAUCCUCGUACUCUCGAAGGACAUUGGACAAGAUACCAAGUAUGUCAGAUUUCUUGAAGCUUCAACAUCAGAAUUUAUCAAUGUCGGCUCUGCAUAUCCACACACGUUCAUCAGCUUGGAACCAAGCGGAAGCGAGCAAGCAAAAGCGCCUUCGGGAUUCUGUGCUGUGUGUAGUACAUGUAUUGAAAUUCUCCACUUAGACCUAAGGAAAAGCAGCUCAAAAGCACUAUGGACCUAA